UAGCAGGUGUUCGUUUUUUUCGUUAUCAAUUACUAUUUAUUCGUCCAAAAUCAGACAAGAUGUCGAGAUGGUACAUUCUUUAUUUGGCAAAAGUCUGUAUGGUAAGCCUGGGAGUUAAUGUUGUUGCUGAACAAGAAUGCCGUCCAGAUGUUGCAUCAUCUGUUGGUAAAUAUUUCAUGUUUGGUUUAAUCGGAGUCAAUUCACCAUCAAACAAUAUCGUGUACAUCCUUAUCACAACAACGACCGAUGCAACGGCUAAAGUACGGAUCGCUUCACCGUUCAACAACCUUCAUCAAGAAUUUACAGUAGCAAACUAUACUUCUCGAACCAUAUCCUACACUCAUAUCCAAACUGAAUCUGGGAAACAGUUUAAAGGAAUUGAGAUUUACGCUGAUGUCAACAUAUCUGUAGCAGUGUUCCUAGGUUAUAAUCAGAACACAGAAGGAUUCCUAGUCCUUCCUGUUACAGCAUUAUCUACAAGAUAUGUAGCUGCCUCCUAUCAUCCUUCUGGAUAUUACAGUGAAAUUCUUGUUACAGGAGUAGAGAGUAAUACAGAUGUUGAAAUUAACUACACAUCUAACGGUAAAGCCAAAACCGAACAUAUACAACUAAAUCAGUUUGAAACCUACCAAUUGCUUGUUACCUACGACUUAAGUGGAGCUCUAAUAACAAGCGACAAACCAGUGGCUGUAUUUAGCGGGUCGACUUCCAGUCAGAUACCUGUUGGUAUUGGAAUUGUUAAUUAUAUCGUCGAGCAAAUGAUUCCACAGAAGUUUUGGAGCAAUCGAUUUAUAGUGCCGCCAAUAUAUCCUCAUAACUUCUUUAUUGUCAAAAUAUUUGUAGACUACGACAACACUGAAGUUCAUUUCUACAACAGUACACAUCAUUUUGGGUCUUUCCUGGAUCGGGGGUCUAAUCAGGAGAUUUUGUUCGGUUCAGAACCAAAAGUUAUCCUAUCUACCAAGCCAAUAUCUGUUAUUCAGUAUUGUGCAGAUAAUGAAAACAUGUAUGGAAACCCUUUUAUGUCCACAGUGCAAGGUAUUUCACAAUAUGAAAAUAUGUACAAGUUUGUAACAGAAUCAUAUAGCGGAGUAAAGAGCACAGUUGCGAUCACGUUAAAACGAAAUGACAUGAGUGGUCUUUCAUUGGGUGGAAAAAACAUUUCAUCAUGGAAUGCUAUAAUUAUCCCAGUUGCACGUCCGAUGGAGGAGUAUGUAACCAUAUUUGUAAAUGUAUCAUACAACAGUUUAUAUCGGUUACAGCAUACCGGUGGUAUUCCGUUUGGAGCCACUCUAUAUGGAUUGCUUUCUACAUCUUACUCAUAUGGAUAUCCUUUGCAAUUAGCGUUUUCUAACGCAGAUGAAAACUAUGGUGGCUGA